AUGUUUCCACAAACAUUGAAUAUUGAAACGGGAAAAAUAAUAACGAGCAUGGCAGAAGAAGUGCUGCCCGCUAGUUUGAAAAAACUUGAAAUUGAUCGACUUACUAAUAAUCCUCAGAUUGGUGGUAGCAACGAAAAAUUAACAACAGCAAAUCCAUUUCGUUCAAGUGGCCGUGGUACAACUGGUGACACUAGUUAUUUAUUUCGUAGAAGAUCGAUGCCAAAUCGUCCAACAUCAAACUUUGUAAGCCCACGUGGUGUUAAAUGUACAACGAAUUUCAAACCAUCUAAAAAUGAUAAAUUACUGGAUGGACAGAAAAAAAAUUCAAUUAUAAAAGAAGCCGUAUUAAAAUUAAAUAAUAAUAAUUCGUCUACGUGUUUAAGUGAUACCUUGGCUAGUACAUUAUUACAAGAGGCCUGUAAACUAAGUAUUUCAAGUAUUAGAAAUCCUAGAACAUUUGGACAUGGUUCGGUGACGAAAGAUUUCAAGGCUCUGAAUAUUAAUACUGAUUCGCGAUUGGCUAAGGAUGAUACCAGUUUACCUGAAAGUUCUUACCAUACUAGUAGUUUUAAAAGAGCAAGAAGUAACACCAUGCCUAGUUUAAAACGACCUGGACCUGGACCUGGUGGCGGCGAAGAAACCAAUAAUUCUGUCGCUGCUGCUGCUGCUGCUGCUGCUGCUGCUGCCGCUGCCGCUGUCGCAGCUGCUUCUGCUGUUAAUAUACCUGGUAAUAAUAGUAAUAAUGAAGGAAUUUAUUCAUCAAAUAAUGCUGGUCAAUCAACGAGCGCAAAUACUUGCUCUAUACAGGCACGAAUGUCACCACCUUCAUCGUGCGACGUAACUAUUGAUGAGCUUGCGAGUUACUUUGAAGAAUUUGUUCAUAUUCCAAAGAAGAUGUCCAGAAUGGCUGAAAUGAUGUAUAUCUAA